AUGGAAAAACUACCCUUUAGAAGACACGCUGCGCCCGCCGCGCGCAGCCUCGUGGUCAAGAACUCGCCCGACAACGAGAUUGCCAAGUCCAAUUGCGUGGCUGUGUCCCCACAGGACUUCCAGGACGGUAGCUAUGUGAUCUGCGACGGCAAAUUCGUGUUCAGUUGCGUCGCCACCACCAAAUGCAUGCCCGGCACCAUAGGACUCAGCGGAAACCAAAGGUUUUGGGGGUCCUGGUCCACAGACCAAACGAUCGCGGUGGCUCCGUACGACCUGUUCCAAUCCAAUGGCAAGAAGGGGGCCUAUCUAGGCACAUUGAACGUGGAGAUCAACUUUUGGAACAGAAAUCGCGCAAACAACAUACAGUUUGACCCCGAUGAGAUGAGCGAAGCCUUUGUGCACCGAUUUGACACUCAGAUUUUGCAGCCGUCGCAGAUCCUCUUGUUCGAGUUCAAAGGCAACUAUUUUGAGAUCAAGAUCCUUUCCUCGCAGGUCAUCGAUUUGGGAGAAGUCCAGUUGCAAGAUGUGCCCACUUCCACAGACAUAAUGAACAAAGGUAUCUGCGUGAAACAGACGAAAGUGAAUUUCUUCAAAGGCUCGGACGGACUAGUCAAUUUAAAGGCCUCCAGCACGCGCCCCAACUCUGACGCUAUCAUCCGCCCAGACUUUAAGUUCGAGGAUAUGGGCAUUGGAGGUCUUGACAAAGAGUUCACCUCGAUUUUCCGCAGAGCGUUUGCUUCGCGUAUAUUCCCUCCCGGUUUAAUCGAGAAGCUGGGAAUCCAGCACGUCAAGGGUAUGUUGUUGUAUGGUCCUCCAGGUACUGGUAAAACUUUGAUUGCACGUCAAAUCGGAAAGAUGCUGAACGCCAAAGAGCCCAAAAUUGUUAAUGGUCCAGAGAUAUUGUCGAAAUAUGUCGGCUCUUCCGAGGAGAACAUUAGAAACCUAUUUAAGGAUGCAGAGGCCGAGUACAAACAGAAAGGCGACAGUUCGUCUCUUCACAUCAUCAUUUUUGACGAGCUGGACUCUGUUUUCAAGCAGCGUGGCUCGCGUGGAGACGGCACGGGAGUGGCCGACAAUGUGGUGAACCAGCUGCUUGCUAAGAUGGACGGUGUGGACCAGCUGAACAACAUCUUGGUCAUUGGUAUGACCAACAGAAGAGACUUGAUUGACGAAGCGCUGCUCAGACCGGGCAGAUUCGAAGUUCAAGUGGAGAUCCAUCUGCCGGACGCCGCGGGCAGAAAACAGAUCCUGGAAAUCAAGACUAAGAAAAUGAAGGAGAACGGAUCUUUGGGUAAAGAUGUCGACCUCGAGAAGCUUGCAGAGCUGACUAAGAACUUCUCCGGAGCAGAACUGGAAGGUCUGAUCAAGUCAGCCACCUCUUUUGCCUUGAACCAGCACAUCAAAGUGGGCACUGUUGGAGAGAUUACCGGCGAUCUAGAGAACACUGUUCUAGAUAUGAGUUGUUUCCUGAGCGCCUUGGAUGAGGUCAAGCCUGCAUUUGGUGUCCACGAAGAGGACCUGCACGACUGCAUCAAGGGGGGCAUUCUCAAGUAUUCUCCUAAAAUCGACCAUAUCAUCCACCGUGUGCAAAGGGCCCUGGAGCAGACGCAGAGCUCUGAAAAUUUCAAUUUCUCGUCCCUGCUGCUGUACGGUCCUCCUGGAUCCGGUAAGACUGCUUUGGCUUCCUACCUUGGGCUCAACUCAAAGUUUCCAUUCAUUAGAAUUAUCACUGCUGAUGAAAUGAUUGGCAUGUCCGAAUCUGCCAAGGUCCAGUUCAUCGAUAACACAUUCAGAGAUGCGUACAAAUCGCCAUUGAAUGUGUUGAUUGUUGACGACAUCGAGGCGCUGAUUGACUUUGUGCCGAUCGGGCCUAGAUUUUCCUCUGUGAUCCUAAGAGCUCUGAUGUCGAGACUAAAAAAGUCACCGCCAGAAGGCCACAGACUCAUUGUGUUGGCCACUUCUUCCAAUCAUGAACUGCUCAAAAGCCUCGACGUGCUCAAUUGUUUCAAUGACGAGAUUCUUGUCAACAACCUCACCAGUCUCCAGGAGUUGUACUCCGUUAUGGAACUGACAUCUUUUGGAAAAGGUUCCGAAGAAAGAAAAGACAUCAUCUACAAGCUGAAGUCUGCAUUCGGCAGCGAGGCAAUCAACGUGCCAAUCAAAAAGGUACUCUUCAACAUCGAUACAGCUAAAUUUGGCAGCAGCCCGGCAGACGAGUUCGUCCAGCUCAUGGUUGAAAGCCAACACUAA